GCAAAGAAUUUGACUUGUGCUCAAAAGCGUAUUAACUUUUCUAGAGUCGGAAAAAUUUGAUUUGUUACGGUUAUUGUAGUUUUUUCUUUUGAAAAUAAAACUUGUUAAUAGAUAACAUUAAAAUGGGAUAUCUCUAUGAAAUUUUAGCGUGCUUCUGCAUUAUAUUCGUAGUCGUAAGCUAUGAUAGAACACCAGACAUUCUAAGAAUGGGAACAUUUCUUAUUGGAUCGACUGUGUUUGUACUUAUUUGGAUACCUAUCAUGAUCUUCACACCGCGGAAUUAUCGUAAUGCAUUAGGACCGGCUACUUGCUGCAGAGAUCUUUGUUGGCUGUUAGGCUUCACAAUGGAAGUACGUGGUUUGGAGAAUCUAAUUACGAAAAGUGGUGCUGUAGUAGUUAUGAACCAGCAAAGCGUAUUAGAUCUUUGUGUGUUGGCUCAUUUAUGGCCAGUUAUUGGACAAGCCACUGUCGUUGCAAAGAGGAAAAUGCUGUUUAUACCCAUCUUUGGUUUUGGUGCUUGGCUAUGGGGUACAAUGUUCACUAAUCUUUCACAAAUACCUGAUUCGAUUGAAAUGGUGCAAAAGGAAUCGAAAGCAAUUAAUGAAGGAAAGUGUAAGCUUUUGCUAUUUCCAGAAGGCACACGUAAUUCGGAAGAAACCCUUUUACCCUUUAAAGAAGGCGCCUUUCAUAUUGCAGUGCAUAGUCAAUGCCCUAUCCAACCAGUAGUUAUAUCAAAAUUUGAGUUUUUGGAUAGCAAAACGAAAAUAUUCACGCCUGGACACGCUAUUAUUCAUAUCAUGCCUCCAAUACACACAAAGGGUUAUAAUAUGGAUGAUCUUGACAGAAUUAUCAAACAAACAAGAUAUGUUAUGCAGGCCGAGUUUACCAAACUCAGCCAGGAAGCCAAGGAUAUAAAUUCCAAAGACCGAUCUCACUUAUUUAAAUAGUUCAAUGUAUCAGUUAAAUAGUAUUAAAAAUUAAGAACAACGAUUACAUACAUAUUACAACAUAUAUAAACAAUAUCAACUACAAGGAUUCUAUUUAUUUAUUUAAAAAACUCUACUUUUGAAUCAUAUAUCCUUAUGAUAAAAACU